AUGGAGGAUGAGACAUGGUUAUUGGAUCUGAGUCAGUAUUUUUCUAUGCAGCCAUAUAGCAGCAACACUAAGGCUAGGUGCGCCAUCAUGCACCUAUGUGACUUCGCUUCCACUUGGUGGCGUAUAGAGGAGAGGAAGAUAGGGCUAGACAUUACCACAAUUUCUUGGGAGUUGUUUUUGGAGAGAUUCCGAGCUAGAUUUCUGUCAGAGCAUUGGAGACAGCGUAAGGCUGAUGAGUUCCACAAUUUGAGACAGGAUAGGAUGAUAGUUGAUGAGUAUGAGCAAAGAUUCUUUGAGCUCAGACAGUACAUAGAGAUAGUGGCAGAUGAGACUAUGUUUGUAUAUCACUUUGUGCGGGGUCUCAAGGAUUAUAUUUGUAGAGAGGUUUGCAUGCAUGAACCUAAGACCUUACAUGCCACCAUAGAGAAGGCAAGGAUCAUCGAGGAGAAUCACUCCUCGAGUGCAGGGGAUACUAUAGGAGGAUAG